AUGGCCGACAGCGAGAUCGACUUGGGACAGCUGUCCUCUAGUCAGCAAGAAGCUCUCAAUCAGUAUACUCAGGUCACCAACCAAGAAUUCAAUGAAGCUAUCCCACUUUUAAGGCGGUCAGAGUGGAAUGUCCAGAUUGCAAUCGCCAAGUUCUUCGAUGGUGAAACAGCCGACCCAAUAGGUGCAGCGCAACAAGAAAUUCCCCGAGCGACAGCACGACAUGAGAAUCUUCAAGAGAGUCUCUUCUCUGAGGCAGCGCGUCCCUCCCGUACCUCACCACGACAGCGCACCGAUCUAGCGCCACGAAUCGUCCCCCAGAACUCGGUCACGAAUCGGGCACCCUGGCUCCUAGCUUUACUUCUCACGCCUUUCAAUUUGGGAUGGAGGGUAGCCUCGACACUGUUUAGAACCCUGAUAUAUGCGUUGUCAUUCUUGCCAGCAUCGAUUCGACCACGUGCCGUUACGAGCCGAAUAUCCACUGGCUUCAGGGGCACAAAUGGUCGACGUCCUCUAAUGCCACGGGAUACAGCUUCGAGGUUCAAGCGAGAAUUUGAGGAGGAGUACGGAGAGAAUGAUUUGCCAUUUUUCGAGGGCGGGGUUGCUCAGGCGCACGACCAAGCUAAGAAGGACCUCAAAUUUAUGCUUGUGGUAUUAUUAUCUCCCGAGCAUGACGAUACCGAGUCCUUUGUCAAAGACACUUUGCUAUCACCAGAAGUGAUUGCAUUCAUCAAGGAUCCUGCCAAUAACAUCAUUCUUUGGGGUGGUAACGUUUUGGAUUCUGAAGCCUAUCAGGUGGCCCAAGAAUACAUCUGCACCAAGUUCCCUUUCUCGGCAUUGGUUUGUCUCACGCCCAAAGAGGGCAGCACUCGCAUGGGGAUCGUCAAGCGACUUGCUGGGCCCAUGCCCCCAGCUACUUAUUUGUCGGAAAUCCGAGCGGCUAUUGAGAAGUAUGGCGCUGAUCUGGACGGAGUGAGGGCUGAACGAACGGCCCAGGAAGUGACAAGAAGCCUACGAACUGAACAAGACUCGGCAUACGAGCGAUCCCUAGCUAUUGAUCGCGAGCGUGCUCGACAGAAGAAAGAAGCAGCAGCAGCCGCGGCAGCAGCAGAGAAGCGUGCCUUGGAAGAAGCAAAUGCAACAGCAGUCCGCGAAGAAAAGCGCAGACAGUGGAAAUCAUGGAGAGCCAAGACCAUUGUGGCUGAGCCACCAGCUAGCGACAAGGGUGUGGUACGAGUCGCUCUCAAGAUGCCCGAGGAAUCGGGUAUUGGCCGAAUUGUACGUCGUUUCCCCCAAGAUGCGUCACUGGAAGAUAUGUAUGCCUUUGUAGAGUGCUACAGUGUUCUUCAAGACCAGGAUGCAGCUGUCAGUGAUAGGCCAGAAGGGUACGAGCACGAGUACAAGUUCCGAAUCGCCUCUAUUCUUCCCAGGAUGGUGUACGAGCCUAGCACGACAGUGACAAUGGGGGAGAAGAUUGGAAAGUCAGGAAAUCUGAUUGUAGAGGACAUCUCACCAGAUGAUGAGGACUAUGAGGAUGAUGACGAAGACGACGAGGCGGAGGGCAGUCAGUAG